CUCACUAGACCUUGACCAUGAUCAUUUCCUCUUUUCAAACCUCCGUGGCAGUUUUUGCGCUAAUUAUUCUGCAUGUCAGUGCUUUGGCUACUUUCAAAGCUGCAGUAUAUGAACAUGCUGUCAUAUUACCAAAUGACACAGAAACACCCGUUUCUCAGGAUUAUGCCUUGCUCCUCAUGAACAGGAAUAUAGAUAUUCUGGAGAGAGCAAUUAAGCAGGCUGCUGAACAGGGUGCUCAGAUCAUUGUGACUCCGGAAGAUGCAAUUUACGGAUGGAAAUUUACCAGGGAAGCCAUUUUCCCUUAUCUGGAGGAUAUUCCAGAUCCUCUGGUGAAUUGGAUUCCAUGUCAAGACCCACACAGAUUUGGUCAUACACCAGUACAAGCAAGACUCAGCUGCCUGGCCAAGGACAACUCUAUCUAUGUCGUGGCAAAUAUCGGGGACAAAAAGCCAUGUCAUUCCCGUGACUCCACGUGUCCUCCUAAUGGCCAUUAUCAAUACAACACCAACGUGGUGUAUGAUGCAAAUGGAAAGCUGGUGGCACGUUACCAUAAGUACAACCUCUACUCUGAGCUUCAGUUUGAUGUCCCCGAAAAGCCGGAGCUGGUGACUUUCAACACCUCCUUUGGAAAGUUUGGCAUUUUCACAUGCUUUGAUAUCCUCUUCCAUGAUCCUGCUGUGACCCUGGUGAAAGAUUUCCACGUGGACACUGUAUUGUUUCCCACAGCUUGGAUGAAUGUUUUGCCCUUUUUGACAGCUAUUGAGUUUCAUUCAGCUUGGGCAAUGGGAAUGAGAGUUAAUCUUCUUGUGGCCAACACACAUAAUGUCUGCCUAAAAAUGACAGGCAGUGGUAUCUAUGCACCACACUCUCCCAAAGCAUACCAUUAUGAUAUGGAAACAGAGCUGGGAAAGAUCCUCUUUGCAGAGGUGGAUUCGUAUCCCCGAAACUCUCCAACCUACCCACCAGCUGUGAAUUGGAGUGCCUACGCCACCACCAUCAAACCAUUCCCAGGACAGAAAAAUUCCUUUAGGGGCUUUAUUUCCCGGGAUGAGUUCAACUUCACAGAACUCUUUGAAAAUGCAGGAAACCUUACAGUCUGUCAAAAAGAGCUGUGCUGUCAUUUAAGCUACAGAAUGUUAGGAAAAGAGAAUGAAGUGUAUGUUCUAGGAGCUUUUGCUGGACUUCAUGGCAGAAGGAGAAGAGAGUAUUGGCAGGUAUGCACAAUGGUGAAAUGUAAAUCUACUAAUCUGGCAACUUGUGGACAGCCAGUAGACACUGCUCUGACAAGAUUUGAAAUGUUCUCCCUAAGUGGCACAUUUAGAACGGAGUAUGUUUUUCCUGAAGUGCUACUUACUAAAAUCAAUCUGGCACCUGGAAAAUUUGAGGUACUAAAAGAUGGGCGUUUGGUAAACAAGAAUGGAUCAUCUGAGCCUAUCCUAACAGUGUCACUGUUUGGCAGAUGGUACACUAAAGACGUACGUUCCAUCUCAGGUCUCAUCUUGUCCUCGAAUAAUUUUUUCUGAAAUGAAUUUGUGUCUGAUGGAUAUUAUUUCAUAAGGACCCAUGGAAACUCACCAGGGGGUCUGGGAGAAUAAAGGCAUAUUCAGAUAAUGAAAAAAAGUUAUUAGAAUUAAAGGGCUUAAGGGCUUCCCUGGUGGCGCAGUGGUUGAGGGUCCGCCUGCUGAUGCAGGGGACGUGGGUUUGUGCCCCGGUCCGGGAGGAUCCCAUGUGCCGCGGAGCAGCUGGGCCCGCGAGCCGAGAUCGCUGAGCCUGCGCGUCCGGAGUCUGUGCUCUGCAACGGGAGAGGCCACAACAAUGAGAGGCCCGCGUACCGCAAAAAAAAAAAAAAAAAAAAAAUUAAAGGGCUUAAAAUUAUAGAACUGAAGCAACCAAAGAAACAAAAGGCACAAAUAUCCCAAACCUACCAGUUUCCCUACAUCAGACGAGGCAUAAGGAAACAACCUCUUGAAAAUUAGAUUUUGAGCGAUGUGCUAGUAUAAGUAUUUAGAGAAAAGGGGUUCACUUGAAAAAUGAGCAUAUUCUAUAAAGAUGAAGAAAUUGUAUGAUCCCAGAGCCUAGCUCCCUGGAGUUUAUGUUUUCUGCACAUGAACUCCACAGCAUUAGCUGGGUUCCCAAGAGGUCAGGAGUUUUAACCUGUUGGGCACUUGCCAUCAUUGACCCCAUUAUCAUCUAUCUAUGCUUUGCACAGUGUUCAGGUAAAGUUCUAAUAUCUCAGAUUAUUAGGCAGUCUUUCCUGUGUUUUCUGCUGAUAGCUUCUUAUAAAUGCAAGCAUUUAUGGUCACUGGUCAUGAACAUUGAGUUCAGUCAUUUGCAUGUAUAUUUUGUGAGCCAUUUUGUGAGCUCUGUUAAAACCAGGGCUUGCCUAACACUCUGUUCUGUCUCCUACAGCUAAAUAUGUAAAUUUUCACAAAUUGUUGCUACGAUAGCUCUUACUACAGUGAUCCCAUAUUGGCCCUAUUAAUGGAAGUAUUGAACUACCAGGAAAAUAUAUUUUAUUAAAAGAAAAGAGUUUAACAGCCAGUGUGUUUUGGAAUGGGGUGGACUAAUCUGUCUGGCUCAUUAACUUCACUUUUAGAGUUGGGUUGACCUCUGAACGAUGCCAACAACAGCAUCGCACACUUGAGUCAAUCUGAUGAUGUAUUUCUUUCACAAUAUUCUUUCUCAACCCCGUGCUGUGUAAUCUAUUCACGAGAAAGUACAGAUAGGUGGUAGCAGACAGGAAGGUCUUUAACAUAAAAGUUUUUCCAGAGAUACAAAGUACAAGAAUCUGAGUCUAUCAAAGCGCACUAAGUUUUAGCUAUGAUUAUAUGAUAUUUUCCAAAAUGUGGUACCAUUUUAGCUGUCUUUGUCCUGAGUGUUGGUGCACUGGACACUCUUAUCGCUGCAGUGUAUGAGCAUGCUGUUAUGUUACCAAACAGAACAGAAACUCCUGAGCCAGCACUCCGGUGCUGGCUCAGUAGUUGUGGCACACGUGCUUAGUUGUUCUGCAGCAUGUGGGAUCUUCCCGGACCAGGACUCGAACCCGUGUACCCUGGAUUGGUAGGUGGAUUCUUAACCAUUGCGCCACCAGGGAAGUCCCUAUUCCCAUUUUAAAUAUGAAGAAAAGAAGGGAGGGCUUCUCUGGUGGCGCAGUGUUUGAGAGUCCGUCUGCCGAUGCAGGGGACACGGGUUCGUGCCCCGGUCUGGGAAGAUCCCACAUGCCGCGGAGCGGCUGGGCCCGUGAGCCAUGGCUGCUGAGCCUGUGUGUUCGGAGCCUGUGCUCUGCAACGGGAGAGGCCACUACAGUGAGACGCCCAUGUACCACCAAAAAAAAAAAAAAGAAAAGAAAAAAAGGGAGCUUAAGGUUUCACAAUUGGUAAUUAGCCUGGCUGGAAUUCAAGCACAGCCAUUUCCACUGAGCCACACUAACGGAAUGGACUUCUGAGUGCCUGGAAGCACCAUCUUAUACUUGAAAUUUCCAGUGACUAGUGAAUCCACUUCUUAGCAUGUUCUGGUUGCUAGAAAUUUUAAUCUUAUUUUCCACUGAAAUCAUCUAUCUAUAACUUCCUUUGGUGUUCAUACUGCGCCUAUCGUAUAUUAAGAUACGUGACUCAUCUUCUUCAAAUUAGAAUCUUUCAAUUAUUUGAAGCCAGCUAUAAUCCCAGCUAUUUCCUCACCUCACUCCCUUCUUAUUUCUAGGGUAAAUAUCCCCAAGGUGGGUGGUUUGGGCAUUACUCCGAAAAGCAAUUUCAUAGUCUGUAUUUAUCCCAGGGUUUCACUCAAGGGCCCUCUAAGAUAGAAGGGAAGCUAUUGUGUUGCAUUGACAAAUGGGGACACUGAGACUGCAUAGUGAAAUUCUUUUUUCCUUUUCUUUUUUUCCUUUUUAAAAAUAUUUCUGGUACCUAAUGCUGCAUUUGUUCUCUGUAGAAGAUGAUCUGCCUGGGCCCAACUCUAUACUGCCUCCUAGUAGGACUGUGGCUUGGAUUAUGGAAAAGGUCCUCCCCAUUAGAAAAGUGUUAAAUUUCAAGCCCUUCAUUUGUGCUCCUAGGAGAACAUCAUAAGAAAAUGUGUUGCUUCUCUUCUUUCUCGUCUUCCCCCUCAGUUUGCUCUGUGCUUCAGUCUUGCACUGCCAUCCUGAAUCUGUCAGUUAAAAAAUAGGUUAGUUUUCAUAAAGAAGAAGAUUGUAUUACAUGUGAGUUUUUAAAUCUUUACUGUUGAUUCUUAACCUAGAGCUGUUGUGUGUUAUAGGUAACGGGCAAAUGAAGUAUCACUUUGGAAGUUCCAAAAUCACUAACACACAGUGAGUUUAAGGCAGUAUCUAUCGAAUUAGGUUUGGCCGCAGCCCAGUGCAAGAAAGGCUCAGCUGUCUGGCCAAGGACAACUCUAUCUACAUUGUGGCAAAUAUUGGGGAUGAGAAGCCAUGCAAUGCCAGUGACCCUCAGUGUCCCCCUGAUGGUCGUUACCAAUACAACACUGAUGUGGUGUUUGAUUCUGAGGGUAGGCUGGUGGCCCCCUACCACAAGGUGAGAAUUACUUGUGCCUUAGCUAAGCUCGAUUUACUUCUCUCUUUUUUUUUUUUUUUGCGGUACGCGGGCCUCUCGCUGUUGUGGCCUCUCCCGUUGCGGAGCACAGGUUCCGGAUGUGCAGGCUCAGCGGCCAUGGCUCACGGGCCCAGCCGCUUCGCGGCACGUGGGAUUUUCCCGGACCGGGGCACGAACCCGUGUCCCCUGCAUCGGCAGGAGGACUCAACCACUGCGCCACCAGAGAAGCCCCUCGAUUUACUUCUUUUGUUUGUGAUAUCUAGGUAUAUUUGUCUGUGAAUGCUGGUGAGGGAACUGUGAAUGCGUUUCUGAAUUAUUACCUUUAGUUGAAAAAGGGAUUUAACUUACUUUGAUUUCGUAUAAGCGUUCUGAAUUUGAAUUAGUCAUAAAAUAGAAUCUACCAGACUAUUUAUUUUUAUAUAUUUUAUUUUUGGCUGUGUUGGGUCUUCAUUUCUGUGCGAGGGCUUUCUCUAGUUGUGGAGAGCGGGGUCACUCUUCAUCGCGGUGCGCGUGCCUCUUCACUAUCGCGGCCUCUCUUGUUGCGGAGCACGGGCUCCAGACACACAGGCUCAGUAGCUGUGGUGCACGGGCCUAGUAGCUCCGCGGCAUGUGGGAUCUUCCCAGACCAGGGCUCGAACCCGUGUCCCCUGCAUUAGCAGGCAGAUUCUCAACCACUGCGCCACCAGGGAAGCCCAAAUCUAUCCGACUAUUAAAGCAGAUGUUCUAAUAGCUGCACGAGGAUUUUAAUAUUCACUGAGAAAGGAGAAAUGCUCAGUUUCAUCACAAGAUUUAGUACUAGAGUUAGUUUUUUGACCCAAUUUUGUAACACUUGGUAUUAAGCUGUAGUCAUUCAUUUCAUUGGGACUUUUUUGAUUGCAAUGAUAGAAAACUCCCCCAACUGAAAUUGGCUUAAAAAAACAACAACAGCACAGAAUUUCCUUGCUUAGGUACCUGAGAAAAUAUAAAUCAUAGAAAGGGUAGGUCUAGUUUCCGAUGCAGUCUGUCCCUCAGAGGCCCAGAAAAUGUCAUCCAUCCCUCUAGCUCUCUUAUUCCUUUGUUACAACUUUUUCCCAGGAUGACUGUCCUUUCAGAAGCCACAUGGCUGCUCAUCACAAAGUACAUAUCCUAAUAGCAACAAAAUCCAGAGGAAGACUGCAUUCCUCUUUCCUAGAAACCCUGCAAAAACCUUAGCCUUCCUUGACUCCAAAUCAGCCACAUGCCGCCUUCAAGUCGAUCACCUGGGGAUGAAGGAUGGGCUACCCCCUGAGCCGAGGGCCGAGGAGCUUGGGAUGCUCGCUGGUCGGGUGGGGGUGGGGUGUUGCCUGAGCACAUAUGCACACAUCAGGCCAAAUAGAAACGUGAGCAGAACAUAAGGCUGUUCUGAGCCCAAGGUAGUUGGAGUUUGGUAGCAAUAA